CUAUAAAACGUGAAAGCCCUCUCCCUGUUUCUUAUCUUCUCCCACUCCGCAGCCAAAGAAAGUUCCAUUUUUCCAUCUCCGUCUCAUUCCCUGACGCUGUUAGGACCAGGUAAUAUCCCCUAAAGCUAUUUACUUUAUCGGGUCUGUCGCAGCUCUAGCAAGUGUUUCUCUCAUUGCAAUUUAUCGUUUUUCCAAAACUCAACCUUUUUGCCCGUUUAAGGUUAUUAAGCAUAAGAUGGCUUGUUUUUCUGUUGUUUGCAACAAUGGUUUUCUUAUUUCUCCGGAGAAAUUGGGAGCUCCUAGUGGAAAAAACAAGUGUUUGGAAAGAUAUAGAGGUUCGCUGCGUAGUUCACUUGACUUUCCGUCUCUGGGGUUCUAUAGAGGUGGGAAAUCUCAACAUGGAUUGUCCUGGAACAAUAAGCUUAGUUCGCUGAUUGGUAGGAAAUUUGGCUUGGGGUUUUAUAUUUGUUGUAAAACUCAACGUGGACUGUCUCGUAACAAUGGAAUGGAACCACUGAGUAGUGGACACACCGGAGAUAAGCAGAUCCACGUAGGUAAAAGAGAGAAUGAUUCUGCGAGAUUAAGAAAAAGGUUCUCAUUAAGAUUACGUCCGAGGUUAAGGCUAUUGAGCAUAAGACUAAAAAUGCUUUCGAUUAGGUCUAUUUUAAAUGAUAUUGGAACACUUUUGCGGAAGAAUAUAAGACGAGUGGCGCUUUCAACUUCAAUUUCUAUUGCAUUGGGGGUCUUCUAUUUGUGUUUGAAAUUAUCGGCAUUGCCGGCUCCAAAAGUUGUUCCAUAUUCAGACUUGAUAUUAAGCCUUCAAAAUGGGUCUGUUACGCAGGUUUUAUUUGAAGAGGGAUCUCGUCGGAUGUUUUACAAUACAAAUUUGGAGGGUGUUGAGAGUACUGGAGAGUCACAUGAGGAAUCACCAGUAGUAAAUGUUACAAUUCAGAAUAAAUCCGCUAAGGUUGCAACAGAUGACAGUACAAGAGCCAGCCAAGUAGUGAAUUUGAAUGUAUUGAAAAGAUUUUUGAGUACUCGAGCUUCUAGCCCAGAGUGGCACUAUUCCACAAGAAAAAUUGAUCGUGAUGAAAAAUUUCUCCUUAGUUUGAUGAGAGAAAAGGGAGUUAAGUAUAGCUCGGCCCCUCAAUCAGUGUUGACGUCGAUGAGGAGUACUUUAAUUACUGUGAUAUUUUUGUGGAUUCCUCUGAUUCCUUUGAUGUGGCUUCUUUAUCGGCAACUUUCUUCUGCAAAUAGUCCAGCAAGAAAACGGAAACCUAAUACUGAGAUGGUUGGGUUUGACGAUGUGGAGGGUGUUGAUGCUGCUAAGGUGGAGCUUAUGGAGAUAGUUUCAUGCCUGCAAGGAGAUGUUAACUAUCAGAAGCUAGGAGCAAAGCUACCUAGAGGUGUAUUGCUGGUGGGCCCUCCAGGAACAGGAAAAACAUUAUUAGCCCGUGCAGUGGCUGGGGAAGCCGGAGUACCAUUUUUCCCUGUUUCUGCAAGUGAAUUUGUGGAGUUGUUUGUUGGAAGAGGAGCGGCUCGUAUUCGAGAUCUCUUUAGUGUGGCAAGGAAGUGUGCUCCUUCUAUCAUAUUCAUUGACGAACUUGAUGCAGUUGGAGGGAAACGCGGUAGAAGCUUCAAUGAUGAACGUGAUCAAACACUAAACCAGUUGCUGACAGAAAUGGAUGGAUUUGAGUCGGACAUGAAAGUGGUUGUUAUUGCAGCCACAAAUAGACCUGAAGCAUUGGAUCCAGCCCUAUGUAGGCCUGGUCGCUUCUCCAGAAAAGUUCUUGUAGGAGAACCAGACAUUGAAGGAAGGAAAAGGAUAUUGGCUGUGCAUUUGAGAGGAGUUCCGCUAGAAGAUGACACACAACUUAUCUGUGAUCUGGUUGCUUCUCUGACUCCAGGUUUUGUAGGUGCUGAUCUUGCAAACAUCGUCAAUGAAGCUGCUUUGCUUUCUGCUCGUAGAGGUAGUGAAAAUGUGUCGAUGGAAGAUGUAAUGCAAGCCAUCGAAAGAGCAAAAUUUGGCAUCAAUGAUAAGCAGCUGAGACGUGGUACAUUAAGCAAGGAGCUUGGGAAACUGUUCCCAUGGAUUCCCUCUCUGGUAGGAAGAAAUGACACCAGACAGGCUGGAUUGCAAGGCCCGUUGGGCUAUCAAACUUUCAGCUGAUAAUUAUGGUUGCCUAGUGUUUUAUUGAGGCAUAUCAUGGCUUUACUUGUCAAUAAACGAAAUCCAUAUCACGGCUUUAGGAGGCACAAAACUGCGCCUACAGUCGGGACUCGGAGGCAUCUUUGGAAGUUGUGGCGAUGGCUCUUAGCUUGGUUGAACGCAUACACCCAAAUCUCCAGUCAUUUCGAGUGGAAGUAGUUUUGCUCCUUUUCUUCUUCUAGCUAGUCGAGUGUAUGCUUUGUAUACUUCGUGUGGACUAGGAUGUGCCCUUCUAUAAUUUUUUUGCAUUCCUUGUCAAAAAAGAGAAGCCCCCUGUUCUAUAACCAA